AUGCACCGAACCGGUUUGGUGCAGGUCAACGCGCUUGACAAUCUGUUUCCGAGUUUUGUUGAUGAUCUUCCAGGGUCAGUAACUGAAGUUCUCAUUGCAACUUUAGUUGUUUGGGACAAGGAAGGAAAACAAUUCGAAGCUGAACUCAAGAAAACUGCCAUAGGCUUAGCACCUCUUGCAUACUCACUUGUUCCCCCUGCGUCAGUCCCCGCUCAAGAAUGUGCAACAUGGGCCCAGAAUGCUGCUUCGCAAUUACUUUCGGAAUCCGAGUUCUUACGGUUUGGAUUGGAUGCAUUGGGCAAAACAAGGAACUUUGCUCAUCCUGGCCUUCAUGACGCAGCUAUUGGAUUCUUUUACAUGGGGCCAUACCGAAUUGCCCGGAAGAGGCCAGAUAUCUUUCGCAAGCAAUUGCCCAUCUCAUGCUUGGCUUUGGUUUCCACUGUGUACAACUGUGUCCUCGACGGUCUCGUCAAAAAUGGUCAUGGCAAAUCUUAUCCCAAGUUCUCUGCCAAGGAAUACGGCCCAAUAUACCGCCAGAUGGUCAGAAUGAUCGAUCAAAUUCUUCAACAUCCAUAUCAUGGUCCCAGGUUAGUAGCGCAACUCCAGGAAUGGGCUGAAGCAGGAUGGGCCGCAUGUCUAAAACUCGAUGGCGCUGAGGAGACCAAACAUAUCCAUCUACAAAUCAUCCUCAACUAA